AUGAAGUACUCAGCACUUUUGGCUAUCAUUGCCGCCGCUUCCGCAGCCCCAGCCUCCAUUUCUAACACUUGGAGCACCUUAACUCCUACGGGCACUUUGGACGAGUCCGCUUCUGCCAUCACCUCGAUCACUGGCUCUUACGCUCUUUCCAUCAGAACCGUUUCGGCUGGUGUUUCUGAGGGUAUCUCUCUCGACAAGAGAGACCUUGUCAACCAGAUUGGUGACGGUCAGAUCCAGCAGCAGACCGCUGACGCUGAGACUAAGUCUGUUGUGAACCAAAUUGGCGAUGGCCAGAUUCAGCAGCAAACUACUCCUGCCGCUGAGCCAACUCCUGCUGCCGCAGAGACCAAGUCUGUUGUGAACCAAAUUGGCGAUGGCCAGAUUCAGCAGCAAACUACUCCUGCCGCUGAGCCAACUCCUGCUGCCGCAGAGACCAAGUCUGUUGUGAACCAAAUUUGCGAUGGCCAGAUUCAGCAGCAAACUACUCCUGCCGCAGAGCCAAAUCCUGCUGCCGCAGAGACCAAGUCUGUUGUGAACCAAAUUGGCGAUGGCCAGAUUCAGCAGCAAACUGCUCCUGCCGCUGAGCCAAAUCCUGCUGCCGCUGAGACCAAGUCUGUCGUUAACCAGAUCGGUGACGGUCAAAUCCAGCAGCAGACUACUGCUCCAGCCACUGCUUCCGUUGUGAACCAGAUUGGUGAUGGUCAGAUCCAGCAGCAGACUGCUACUCCAACCACCGCUGCCGUUGCUAACCAGAUUGGUGACGGUCAGGUUCAGCAACAGUCUGUUGAAGCUGAGUCCGUUGCUCCUACCCAAUCUGUCAUCAACCAGAUCGCCGAUGGCCAAAUUCAAGCUUCUGGCUCUCCAGACUCCAACUCCGGCUCCGGCUCCACUAAGCACUACUUCGAGGAGUCCUGUGUUGCUGACGACUCCUUGACGAUUUCCCUUGUUGACGGUGAGUUGAGAGACUUCAAGGGCAGAGUUGGUGCCAUUGUUGCUAACAGACAGUUCCAGUUCGACGGUCCACCACCACAGGCUGGUACCAUUUACGCUGCCGGCUGGUCCUUCGUUCCAGGUGAGGUUGCCGGUUUGGGUGAGAAGGAGUCCGACACCAAGGAGGGCGGUUUCAAGUUGGCAUUGGGUGACCAGACCACUUUCUACAAGUGUCACUCUGGCGACUUCUACAACUUGUACGACGAGUCCAUCGGCGAUCAGUGCUCUGCCAUUGAGAUCUUCCUCUUGAAGGCUGUGGACUGCUAA